AUGCAUCAAUUCAAUUCCAUAUCACCUGGAUUUCCCAGAGUACUUUUGCCAACCGUGUCCGAUAUUCUAUGGACAAAAUCAUCCAAUCCCGCUGAUAAAUCAGCGUCAGCUCCUGUUGGACAGGUCCAUUCAUCAUGUAUUCCUACAGAUUAUGAUUUAAAACAGACACCGACGUCUCCUACACAUUCAUCUACCAAUUUAGAUUCAUCAACUAAUGCAAUCAGUCUCGCUGUCCGGACUGCGCCAAUACAUAAAUCUGUAAUUGAUUCAGCUUUUACUCAAUCCCAAAGGGCUGUUGGCCGCAGGAAAAAUCUGAUCACUGAAUUGUUGGAACCUUCUAUUCACGGUCUUCCAGAUAUUACUUUGACAAAUCGCCCAAGGCGUUCAAGAUUUAGGCAGCCAUCAGAUAAAUACGGAGUUCCUCAACUGGAUUCAUCUUUUUCGAAGAUAAAUAACCAACAGAGCACUUCGCCUCAAACCCGCAAUAUAAAACCGCUCUGUCUUGUGCAACAACAGGAAGAAUACCCUUCGAAAUUCUUGGUCUCCAGCAAUGCUUACUACCAACCUAUAUUUUCUGACGAAUUUCGUUCUUCCAUGUCUGAAAACGAUCAUAUCUCUUUUCGGAAUAUUUUUAUGACGCUUAAUAGAGAAAAAGGUACUGAACAUAUUGUACCUUCACAAGUAGAUGAUAUUUCUCAUUUCAUGAAGCCUGUUUCACAAGAGCAGAUAGAGGUUCCUAGUUGGCGAAUUCGUAGUUUGGAUGAGGUUAUUGCUUCAUUAGCGGAUACUACUGCCUUUCCUGAAUUACGGCUCGAGCCACACGCUCCGAAAUUGAGGUCACAGGUUCGUUCUCAGAAUGGCCUUUCCCUUGUUCGUAGAAUGAAUAGAAUCGACAAG